UCAGUGAAUUGUCCUGUGGUUCUGUCACACUGUCUCUCUCUCUCUCUCCAUCUCUCAUUAAGACUGGUGAGCUAGGCAGCAUGGUUCCUCCAGGGUGGACUCUGGUAGCUGUCUUACUUUCUCUUGUCUCAGUUCUAGGCCCAGUUGGUUCUGUUUCAACCUCUGAUAUGCAUCAAAAUGUGUGUAAGACCUUUGGCAGUGGAGUCGUCCAGAUGUUCAACGGAACCGUAUUCUACGUCCACUCCACCUGUCCCUUCACGCUGACACGUUUUACUCACAACCGGGUGGACUGUGACAUCACCGUGCGUCGAGGUGAAAACGGCCUGCUGGAAUAUGUCGAGAUCAACGUCAACAAGAUCCAGACCCGGAUUCUGUACAAUGGAACCAUCUUCGUCGAGCAGAGAAUGGUGUCCCUUCCCUACGACCACACCUAUCAACAUGUGUUCCAGUACGGUACCAACACCAAGCUGAGGAGCACUGUUCUACCUCUGUCUGUCAUCUGGAGCAGUGUGGGCGUGGGCAUCGACUCUCUCUGGGUGAAACUGGAGCAGGAGCUAGUCCCUGGAAUGACUGGACUCUGUGGACGACCAGAUAUACCAGAUGACCGUCAGCAAUUGAUCGCAAAGAGUGUUCAUUCAGAGGCCGGGUGCCAGACCAUGGACUCCCUACGCACUAAGAGCACGGUCUGUCAGACGUUCCUCUCCAACUACGUUGAAUGUCUGCAGGCUAACACAAGCAAAUACAUCAUUCUUUGUCAAGAGAAUAUUUACGGAUAUGAAAAAGAGCUUUAUGUAGGAUGUGCGUUCUACAAAGAAAUUGGCCAUCGGUGUCAGACCAGCCACGCUUGGAGGACCUUGACAAAAUGUCCUGAGUUCAGUUGCCCAGGAGAACUACACUUUGAGGAGCAGGGUGAUGCGUUUGUUCCCACCUGUUCCAACCCAGCACCGAGAACCAAUAAUCAGGACAUCACCAGCACCUGUGUCUGCCCCCAAGGGCAGGUAUUGAACGAUCGAGCAGAGGGCCAUUACUGUGUCAGUGAGUCAGCCUGCCCGUGUGUGUAUGCCGGGAGGAACUAUGCACCGAGGGAAGAACGCAGAACUAAAUGCCAGACCUGUAUGUGCUACAAUGGCAAGUGGAUAUGCUCUCAGAACAGCUGCCCUAGUAGGUGUGUGAUUGAAGGGCAGUUUGUGACCACGUUCGAUGGGAAACAGUAUACCCUUCCUGGUAAAUGCACAUACAUGGCCUCCAAGGGUUUUAAUUGGACGAUAUCCAUACAUUUUUCUGAGACGACGUCCUCCAUCCAAAACGUGUUUCUUCAGAUUUACCAGAAUAACUACAGAUUCUCUCACAACAGUGUACAGUUUGAGAAAGAGGAAAUCCGAGAGCUACAUCAGUCAGACAACGCCAUGGUGUUCUGGCAGUCAUCCAUGUAUGUCCAGGUAUUGACAUCCUUUGGCAUGAAGAUGCAAGUACAGACGUCUCCAGACCUCCAGCUCUAUAUCACACUACCACAGAGUGAAGUAGGGGAGCCAGAAGGACUUUGUGGAAACUACAACACCGAUACCACUGAUGAUUUCACCACAAGCAGUGGUAUCGUAGAAAAUGCAGCGGAACCGUUUGCGCUGUCCUGGAGUGUAGGGGACUGUCCCGUUAACAUACCCAAAGUCUGUAUCAACACCGACAACGAAAUAUUUGCAGACGAGAAGUGUCACACCUUGAGAGACCCCGGUGGGAUUUUCGCCAAGUGCUACGAUCACGUGCCUACUGACAAUUACCACAAGGCUUGUAUCCAGAGAACGUGUACCUGUGGAACUGGGCUGCAGCAGUGUUUGUGUGUGGCCCUGGCAAAUUAUGCCAAAGCCUGUGCCAACCAGGGCAUCACAGUGGGUGACUGGAGAAGGGCCACCAACUGCACGGUACCGUGUGAGAACAAUCAGAGGUUUGACUACGAAAUGCAGGCGUGCAACAGCACCUGUCUCUCCCUAUCCCGGCCAGACCCCAGGUGUGGGGUGGAGGAUGCACCUGUGGAGGGCUGUGGCUGCCUGGAGGGCACUCAUCUGACCGGGGAGCUCACCUGUACCCCGAAGGCCCAGUGUCCAUGUCACCAUCAGGGAGGAGUCACACCACCAGGACCUGUUGCCAUCGAUGGACGACAGUGCAAAUGUGAGGAUGGAGAAUUGCUGUGCUCUGAAGAUUGUGGUUGCACCCAGGGGAAGGUUUGUGUGCAUUGCUCACAAUUUGCCAUAGAUACAGCUCAAAAAACAUGUGCCAGUCUGAGCAAACCAACAAGUGCUGUUCAGAAUUGUACAAGUGGCUGUUACUGUCCAGGGGGCCAGUUGGAAGACCAUAGGGGUGUGUGUGUGACUGUGGACAACUGCACCUGUCAGUACAGCGGCAAAGUGUUCAAAGCAGGACAGAGUGUCAAGACCAACUGUAGAACAUGCACCUGCCGCCAUGCCCAGUGGAGCUGUGUAGAUGAACCAUGCCCUGGUACAUGCCUGGUGUAUGGAAACGGACACUAUCAAACCUUUGACUCUAAAUGGUACCGCUACGAUGGGAACUGUCAGUACACAUUAGUGGAGGAUGGCUGUGGUAGGGAAGCUGGGUCGUUUUCUGUCAAAGUAGAGAGUGUCCCGUGCUGUGACGAGGCUCUGACCUGUUCCCGGACCAUCGUGUUAGACCUGCUGGGUAAUGUCACUCUGACUCUGAAUGAAAUGAAGGUGACGAGACGGCUCCAAGGGGGAUGGGCUUCUCUGGAGGCGGAGCCUCUGUACUCCACCCACACUGUGGGCCUCUACAUCAUGAUCUCAGUGCCUUCUAGAGGACUAACCCUCAUCUGGGACAAACACACCCAACUUACCGUCAUACUGGACGACCGUUGGAGGAACCGAGUGUGUGGACUUUGCGGGAACUUCGAUUCCAACGAGAUGAACGACCUGCAGAUAAGUGGGUCAUCGGUGGUGUCCAGCCCCCUCGCCUUCGGCAACAGCUGGAAGACGGCCACACCCCCCUGCUCUGACGUGACCAAUGAGGUGUUUCCGUGCCAGCGCCACUCUUACUGCUCCGCCUGGGCCGAGAGACGCUGUAUGAUCCUCAGGGGAGACACCUUUAAGGACUGCCACUUGAAGGUGGACCCAGAGCCCUACUACCAGGCCUGUGUGUUGGAGUCGUGCUCCUGUGAGUUUGAGGGGAAGUUCUUGGGUUUCUGUACGUCCGUGGCGGCCUACGCUGAGGCCUGCAGUGACCAGGACGUGUGUGUCCGCUGGAGAACGCCAGACAUGUGCCCGGUAUACUGCGACUACUACAAUGAGCAGGGCCACAGUAGCUGGCACUACGAUCCCUGUGGACAGAUCAAGACCUGUGGCAAGAACAACCUCUUCACUGGCAAGCUGGAAGGCUGCUACCCGAGAUGCCCGGCAGAGGCUCCAUACUAUGAUGAGAACAGAAGGAGUUGCUCCACUUUGGACAACUGCACCUGUUAUUCCAACGACACUACUGUUGAACCUGGUACAGUUAUCAGGAAGCCCACUGAGAAAUGCACUUGUGAACAGGGACGUAUUAACUGUGGUCCUGAUCAAACCACCACACCUGAACCUACAACCACAGCUACACAACCCACUACUACACCUGAACCUACAACCACAGCUACACAACCCACUACUACACCUGAACCUACAACCACAGCUACACAACCCACUACUACACCUGAACCUACAACCACAGCUACACAACCCACUACUACACCUGAACCUACAACCACAGCUACACAACCCACUACUACACCUGAACCUACAACCACAGCUACACAACCCACUACAAUGAGAACUACACCUGAACCUACAACAACUAUACUGACUACUACACCUGAACCUACAACCACAGCUACACAACCCACUACUACACCUGAACCUACAACCACAGCUACACAACCCACUACUACGCCUGAACCUACAACCACACCUGAACCUACAACCACACCCAAACAACCUACUACUACAUAUGAACCUACAACCACACCUAAACAACCUACUACUACAUAUGAACCUACAACCACACCUAAACAACCUACUACUACAUAUGAACCUACAACCACACCCAAACAACCUACUACUACAUAUGAACCUACAACCACACCUAAACAACCUACUACUACAUAUGAACCUACAACCACAGCUACACAAUCAACUACAAUGAGAACUACACCUGAAGCUACAACAACUAUACUGACUACUUCACCUGAACCUACAACCACACCUAAACAACCCACAACAACAGCUACACAAUCAACUACAAUGAGAACUACACCUGAAGCUACAACAACUAUACUGACUACUACACCUGAACCUACAACCACACCUAAACAACCCACAACAACAAGAACCCCACCUGAAUAUACAACCACACUAUUCCCAACAAUAGUUACAGGACCUAACAUUUACACUACAAAUACUCACCAUAGUACAGGAGCUAUAGAUUUGUUGAGUACUACAGCCGGACAAACCACUACUGCAGAAGCAACUACAGCAUACAUUGAAACUACAACUAAAUUAGCAUCGACACAACCCACAACUACAUUCUCAUAUUCUACAACCAAAUAUGUUGAACCAACAUCUACAACCGAACCAACUUCAUCACAUACUGAAAUGACAACCGAACCAACUUCUUUUACUGAAAUGACAACCAAACCAACUCAUUUUACUGAAAUGACAACCAAAGCAACAUCUGAAGGACCAUCGACUGAAGCUACAACCCUGUACACAAGUCAACCAACAACCUCCUCUACACCAUCUCCCACUACCUCUGAAUCGACAACAUCUACGGGUCCAACAACAAUGUCAACAACAAUAUCUACAGAGUCUACAACACGUACAAUUUGUGAGUGUAGAGACCUGAAGAGGAACAAGAUAUGGGUGUGUGGAGAGAAGUGGACAGAAGACUGCUUCAAUAAGAUUUGUACGGGUGGGAAGAUAGAGAUGACUUCGGUCACCUGUCCGAAUCCAGUUCGCCCCACCAUGUGCCCCAGGGGACAGAUGGUCAGUGUCUCAGACGGAUGCUGUGACUACUGGAAGUGUAAUUGUCGUUGUAACCUCUAUGGAGACCCUCACUACAUCUCCUUCCAGGGUGUGACCUUUGACUUCCUGGAUAAUUGUACAUACAUCCUGGUCAAGGAGAAAACGCUGCGUCACCAUCUGACUGUUAGCGUGGACAACUACUUCUGUAUUCCCGAGUUGGACGGCUCCUGUGCCAAAGGCAUUAUCCUGCAGUACCGGAACAACACAGCCACUGUCAGCAUUGUACCGGAUGAGUACAGGGUGAAGUCUACUCUGAACCAGAAGAACGUUGAGCCUCCCUAUGAGGAGAAUGGUAUCAGGUUUGAGACGACAGGCUAUAUGGUGUCUGUAUACAUCCCUGAGAUACGCUCACAUAUCUCUCUCACACCAUCCAACACUGUGACUGUCACCUUGGCCAUGGAGCAUUUCCUGAAUAACACCCAAGGACAAUGCGGUGUGUGCGGUGGGAGCUCUUGUGUGCGUAGAAGUGGGGAGACUGAAGCUGACAGCUGCUGUGAUAAGACCGCCUAUGACUGGAUCUAUGAGGACCCUCUGAAGCCUGAGUGUAGCGCUGCUCCCAGGGACAUCCCUUGCCAUCCUACAAACAAUACUACCAGCUGUCCUGGCAGCCCCCUCUGUGACCUUCUCCAUCACCCAGUUUUUGCAGAUUGCAGUAGACGGGUGGAUCUGAGCCAGCUGGAGAAGAACUGUAGGUUUGAUUCGUGUGGUAGGAACGACACGGCUUGUUCUCCUCUGGAGCAGGCUGCUGAGGAGUGUAAGAAAGCAGGAAUCUGUGUGAACUGGAGACAACUCACCAACGGGACCUGUGCUAUUGGGUGCCCAACAGGGAUGGCGUACAGAGAGUGCCAAGGUCAAUUGGAUGACUACUGUCACGGAGGAGUCCGUGUUCAAGGGAGAGUACAGGAGGAAGUUAAGGCUGGAUGUUUCUGUCUCAGAGGACAGUUCAGAGCGGAGGAGCACAAGACGAUCUGUGUGUCGGAGUGUCCCUACUGCAAGGGUCCACUGGGAGAACACAAGCAGCUUGGGGAGACAUGGCAGUCCAACUGCCAGGUGUGUACGUGUAGUAACCAAACCAAGACCGAGGAGUGUCAACCUAACCCCUCCCCUCCCCCGCCACCUCUCUGCAGUCAGAACUCAGUCCUGGUUACCGGCUGCUGCGGCAAACAGACUUGUGUUGAGAAGACGUGUAACUAUAAUGGAAGGACCUAUAAAGUGGGAGACAGAUGGACAGACCUUGCCCUGCCUUGUGAGUCCUAUAGCUGUACGAGAGAAGGCACUCAGACAGUGAGAAGGGUGUGUCCCCAUCAGUACUGCUCAGAGGAGGACAGAGUAUGGGACGAACAACAUUGCUGCUACACAUGUAACCAGACCUGUGCUACCAGGGUUUCUAGUGUGAACAUCACUGUAGACAACUGCACAGCAACAAUACAGCUGCCCAUGUGUCAAGGCCAGUGUGGGACAGAGACAAGAUGGAUUGUUGCUCGCAGUGUUCUCCAACUGGAACAGAAGUGUGAGUGUUGCAGAGUGAGGAGUUAUGAGAGGAAGUCAAUGAAUCUGACCUGUACUGGGGGCUCCGUUAUGCCACACCUGUAUGCACAUGUUACCAGCUGCGAGUGCCAGAAGUGCAGUACAUUGCAGUAAACAUUGCCUUGUGUUCUGAACGUAUAUACAUGCACACAAACCAAAGAAAAUCUAUAUUGAACUGUUAUUAAGAUGGUGAAAAUGUGCCAAAUCAAUGUUUUUUCUAGAUUCUGCAACCGUCUUAUAAUACUGUCUUGGUCGGUGUGUUGAGGGUAAACUGUGCAGAACAGCGGCUUAAUGUUUCCUUGGUGUAAUAGGUUUUUCUAUAUUGCAUAUACUCUGUUCCAGUGCAGGAAGUGGACCAUUGUGUGUAGCAUAUCGUUGAUUGCGUAUGUAUUCCAGAAGAUUUUAUUCCAGAAGAUAUUAUUUCACAUAGGACAUCUUCUAAUGAUCAACCCAGCACUUUUAGCACUUUUUCAGCUAAAUGACUGCAGCUCCAAUUUGAAAGUGAUCUUCUUAUUUUAUUGAAACGUUUAUUUCAAGAACUGUAACCACUUUGAUUUUGCUGAUUUAUUUGCAAUAAAGUACUGAAGCCUCGACACUGA